AUAGCGCCGAGGUGCGAAUACCGAGCCCCUCCCCGUCCUCGUCACCAGCAACAACAUCACCAGCCAGGAUGUCGUCCUCAAAGCCCGGCAGCGUGGAAAAAAAACCAGCACCCCACCGCGGUACGCCGCACCAGGAGUUUGUGUGCAAGCUGAAAUAUAGAAACGUGAUGCCGCAGCUCCCAUUUGAUCCCAAGCUGCUGGACUAUCCGUUUGCGGCCGAUCGGCAUUACAAGUAUCAAAUGUGUCCAAUCUUUGACAGCCAUCCCCAGCCACUCUAUGCCCCAGACGAUUUCAACUCGUGCCCGAUCGAUCUGCUGUCGUCGGGAUUCAUACGAAAGGCGCUGAAAGGCUCGCAAGAUACUCCCGAGCCAACCAAACUCGAUCCUGAGGACAGCUUUCUGCUCGACAAGCCCGUGGAUGUGAAGAAAGAGGGGCCAGCCAGGUCGGGUCCACCCAACGUCUCGUGGCUCCGCCGCACGGAAUACAUUUCAAUGGAAGCGAGCCGAGGAACGGGCAAGCGUAACGAAGGUGUUGAAACCAAGAUGGGCCUCUCGAUCAUGAAGGACAAGGAGAUCCAAAAGUUCUUUGACCUUUCGCAAGAGGGCCAAAUCAAGGCUAUCGAGCAGACGUUUGAGUCAGUCAAGCGCAAGAGUCUGACACACAUCAAGCAUCCGGUCCGCAGCGGCGUCACGGCCACAGAGAUCUUCCCGAUCUAUCCCGAUUUCAUGCUGUGGCCCAACAAAUAUGUCCACUCUGUUUAUGACGCCAACCCUCUGUCGGCCUCAAUCCAGCUGAGCGGCGAAAAGAACGCGGACCCGGUCACCAAGGUGCGGCAAGAAGAAGUGCUUCUGCGUCCGAUGAUUGAUCUCCGCACCAAGGGCGAAUUCUUCUCGCUGUAUGCGCCCGAUGAUGAGUCGGCAAAGCGGAUCCUCAAGAAAAGGAAGCGGGACAAUGGCGAAGAGAACGACGACGACAUAUUUGAGGAUCAGGAUCAAGACCUGGAGGCUCCAAACGACUAUGGAUUUAUUCGGGACUUUGAGCAAAAGAAGAUCGAGGAAGAAACCGGAACCAAAAUAUUUAUCGUCCUCCGCCCGGACGAAGGCGGUGCGUUUUACAACGUCCUGGAUCGCAAAUAUGUCUUCAGACGAAAGAGAAAUGUGCGGAAAUCUCGCGAGGACGAAGCAGACGAAAGCCGAUGGACAAAGGUCACUGUCGCCAAGAGGCGUUUCACAAACGAAGAAAAGCAGAGGCGUAUGGACACAUUGGAAGCCUGCGUCACAAAGGAGCACCUGAACUACUUCCUGAAGUUUGGCGAGGGAUUUGAAGCCGACGACGAAGAGGGUGAUGCAGAAUGAGUGCCGGAGCAGGCAUCGGGCAAUGGGAGGGCGCCGGACCGCAUAACGGGGCUCGCAGAGGGGAAAGCAGAGCAACCCGAUUCUGGUCCCGCUGGCCACGGUCGAUGCUGGACCUUGAAUACACGCAUACAACGCACUGGUGAUGGAGUGCUCACAGCACUUGGCGAGCCAGAGUCUGCAUGGUGUCUCAUCCCGAAAGAAGAGGAGCACAAGCGGCCAGAGUCGUG